GGCCGCCGCGGCGCGUCGAGUCUGCCUGCCAGUGUCGUGUCCGUGUCUGUUCCCGGACUGCGCCCCGCCGGCUCCGAUCGGUCUCUCGUCGCGAGACCGAGGCGUGCGAGCCGUGGGACAGUCCCACCGUGACACUCCGUGACACACCGUCACACCGCGACCGCGGCCAGCGUGACGGUCCUGCCUUCUGUGACGAGAAGUGCCGACUCAGUGAUCCGAUCCCGCGAGUGUGGUGGUUGCGAGUGUGUGUGACGACGCCCCCGUGGAUAGGGCGGACCAGUGCAGUGUCGAGGGGAGUGUGAGUGCGAGGGAACGGCCGAGGAACAUGCUGUGUGGAUUCCACCUUAUCACCACUUGGAUUGUCGCCGCCGCCUGGGAUACCGACUGAUCCACACUGUUCGUGAAAAACACGCGGCAGCGCUACGCGCGCGGUGGGUCCGCUGGAGCGGGGCCCCCCGAGGGGUCCCUGACCAUGGCGCCCACGACCGAGGCCCUGGGCCACGACGGCGGCACGGGCUGGCUCGGCGCGGACUCGGCGGUCAAGGAACACCAGCGGCCGCCCAUCUACAACCCCGAGGACUAUGCCCAGUCACUGCGCAAGUUCGGGCGCCGCACGCCGGCCCCUGGCGGCACGGGGCCUGGCGGGGCGUCGCCGGGCAUCAACGGGGCAUCCACGCCGGGCGCCUCGCCGCCGGGCGGCGGCCGCCUGGACAGCAAGUGCAACAAGUCGACGCUGGGCUCCAGCAAGUCGGCGUCGUGCGCCGCGCUGCCCACCCUGGGCGGGCCGCAGGGGCCACUGUCCUCCGCCAGCGCCAUGUCCACGGCGGGCAGCCACCGCGGCUCGGCCAGGGGCUCCACCGAGAACCUGCGGCCGCAGCAAGCCGCUCCCCACGGCGCCCCCCAGCAGCAGCAGAUGCAGCAGAUGGAGCCCGAGAUGAGCCUGAGGCAGUUCGACAGUGUGGGCGAGCUGCUUAACAAGCUCAAGGCGGACCUGCGGCUGGCCUUCCCCAGCUUCGUGCAGGAAUUCGUGGACUCGGCCGUGGACGGCGUGUCGCUGCUCCUCGAGCUGCUGCGCACGGUGCAGCUGCAGCAGCAGGGCGGCGGCGGCGCGGGCGGCGGCGUGGCCAGCCAGCGGCAGGCGCUGCUGCAGGAGAACGCGUGCCUGCAGUGCCUGCACGGAUGCCUGCGCUGCCCCGACGCGCCGCGCCGACUGGCCGUCAGCAGCGCCGGCCUCUUCACCCUCGCCGUCUCCACCAUGAGCAGCGUCAACAAGUCCAGGGUGCUGGCCCUGCAGCUGCUGACCAAGACCUGCGAGGGCUGCCCCGAGGGCCACGGCGCCGUGUCCGAGGCCCUGUCCACGAUGCGCCUCCGCUUCGGCGAGCCCGUGCGCUUCCGCUUCCUGGCCGGCGUGCUGUCCUCGGCGGGCGGCCAGAGCGACCUGCUGCUGGCGGGCCUCCGCUUCCUCAACGCCUUCCUGCGCUCCGCCCCGGGGCCGCAGCAGCGCGUCUACAUCCAGGCCGAGCUGGGGCAGGCGGGCUUCCAGCCGUCGGCGCUACGCGACACGCUGCCGGCCUCGACGGCGGGCUCCGCCGAGGUGCAGGACGAGUUCGACGCGUGGCAGCGCCAGCAGGUGGAUGUGGCGGCGCUGACGCAGCGCUGCCAGCAGGCCGAGAACCGCGCCACGCAGCUGCAGGACCAGCUGAGCCAGCUGCAGCGCCGCCUGCAGGUGCUGUCGCUGGAGCAGACGCUCAAGGGCUCCAAGAGCAAGGACGACGACCUGGACAAGGACCUGGACAAGGAUGACAGCCGGUCCACGCCUGCCGAGGACGAGGGCAUCUCGUCGUCCGACCAGGACCGCUCGCUGUCGCCCGACGCCGGCGACCGGGAGCCCAUGGUGUACGAGGUGGUGCUCAAGGUGGCCGACGGCCACAAUGGACUCAACGGCGUCAACGGCAUCGGGCACAACAACCAGCGGCCGGCCCCGCGCACCGCGCCGCGGACAGCACCGCGCGCCUCCAAGCUGCCCCAGCAGCAGGACGAGGACGACGAGGAGGAGGCGACCAUCGAGGAGGUCAUGGAGGAGUUCCAGAACAUCAUCAACGACGCCGAGACGGAGGUGUACGCCAACAACCAAGUCAACAGGACGUCCGCGGCGUCCGACCGCGAGAGCACCAAGAACGUUUACGUCAACGGUGACACGCUGACGGCCAGGAUACAGGUGCCGUACCCGCAGGACAACAACCGCGCGCCCGCCAAGACCGGCAGGCUGCGGCUGGAGGCGCUGUUCCAAAACGCCCCGCCCGCCAAACCGCAGCCGCAGCAACAACAACAAAGCCAACAACAGCAGCAAGCCCCGCAGCCCACCCAGCGGCUGCAGCUGCCGCAGCGGCUCGCGGUGCCGCACGACGACGACGACCAGCUGCAGCUGCAGCAGCACGGCGAGAGCGAGAUCGUCCCCAGCGCGCUGCUGCCGCAGCCGCCUCGCCGCGCCAAGAGCCUGGUGCACUUGUGCGCGCCCAGCAAGGACUACGUCAACCUGUGCAACUCCUCGCCCUUCUUCGACGACGCGGACUCGUUCAGCAACAUGAGCGGCGACGGCGACAACUCCGACUCGCUGCUGAGCGCCUCGCGCGAGCCCCUGGGGCUGGGCCUCGGCAUGGGCCUCAGCCUGGACGGCGGCUCGGCGGCGUCCCUCACGCGUGACAAGAACCUCCGCAACGCGGCCGACAGCGCGGCGGGCGGCGGGCCGGCGUCGUCGGGGGCCUCGCGGACGUCACGCGGCUACCGGUCCAUCGCCAUGAUCAUGCCCGACGAGGACUGCCGGGACUGCGACAAGGAGGACGACGUGAUCAAGCCCGUGGAGGUGAGCGUGUACCAGGGCAUGCAGGGCAUCCCGGACAUCCUGCGCUGCAGCAAGCAGACCAGCAGGCAGGCCACGAGGCAGGCGGCCAGCCCCUCGCCGUCGCAAGGCCCCAGGGACGCGGUGGACCCCGCCACGGUGCGCAACGGCAGCAACUACCAGCCGGCCGGCGGCGCGACGACGCUCGCCAAGCCGACGCCCUCCACCGCCACCACGGCGUCGGCGACGUCCACCCCGGUGCCGCCCGUCAAGUCGCCGCGCACGGGCAGCAGUUUCGACGGCCUGUUCUACGUGUCCGACACGCCCAAGACGCCCGCCAAGCCCUCGAACGGCAAGCCGCCCGCCGUGGCGCCCAAGAAGAAGAGCGCGCGCUCGUCCGCCAGCUCGGCGGCGUCGACGGAGCGCUCGGACUCACAGCGCUCCGGCAGCCAGCGGCAGUCCGACGGCAGCGCCGCGCUGCGGCGGCAGGUCUCCAAGGCCAAGAGCCUGGAGCGCAUCGACGAGAGCCACGGCGUCAACGGCAUGGUGGACAUCGUGGUGUCGCAGAAGCAGCAGCAGCGCCUCGCGCCCGACGGCGUGUUCCAGGCCCGCGAGUGGAGCGUCGAGUGGGGGCAGGGCGUGGGCCAGGGCCGCCUCCCCGCCGCGGGCAGGCUGCCCGUCCCCGGCGGCGGCUGCGGCGCCGCCAACCCCGCCGGCCCCGUCGUCAUCGUGUCGCGGUCCACCAGCGUCCGGCACCAGCAGCGGCAGCAGUUCCAGCCGCCGCCGAGGCCGCCGACGGGGGUGGGCCGGCGGACGCCCCCCGAGGGCGCCAUGACGAGCCACGCCGUGCAGGCGCACCCCCUGUUCCUGCCCGUCAGCUCGCGGGUCAGCGCGUUCGAGAAGGGCGACCCCCGGCACGCCAUGCCCGCCAUGGGCCCCGCGCCGCCCGGCCCCGUCAGCGCCAGCUUCGUCAUCAAGCGCGGCCACACCAACGCCGGCCUCUACUCGGGCCACCACGUGCUGAGGGACUCGCACGGCCCCGGCCACGGCCCCGCGCACGGCCCCGGCGUCAACAUGGCCAAGAUCGUCACCACCGCGCCCGUGCCCGGGCUGCCCGGCCUCGGCCACCCCGUGGACUUCGCGAGAGGCAUCCACGUCAACCUGGCCGUGCCCGGCGGCAAGCUCACGGAUCUCCCCUCGGGACUGUAUUAGGAAAUAUCUCUCUGUACAUUGUUUGUAUUUUAUUUCUUGCUCUCGCGGCAUCAGAACGGCGGACAGCGUCACUGGUUUUGUUAAAGUUAGUUAUUUAAUAAAAGUAAAUCGAGUGGGCAUAACGACAACAAACUAUUAUUGAUUGACAGAGACUUUAAGUUGAUUUGACAACUGUGUUUUUUUUUUCUGGAUGUUUAACAAAGUACCUUAUUACUCUUUUUGCCAGAGUUUUGUUAUAAGUGAACUGUAACUUCGCUGUAUUGUAAAUAUCUGAAAUAAAUAAGUAGAAUUUUUAUGGUUA